AGUAGCUCACUACUCGUUCGUCACAAUCAAUGAACAAGACGUCCUUCUGCUGCUGAUAUAGUAACAUCAUCGCGCAGUUUCUUGUGGUAACGAUAUUUAAUAUCGUCAAGUGAGGUUAGAUUAGACAGUAUCGCCCCAACUUUCUAGCAAUAAUGGAUCGGUUUCAAUUAGUGAUAGUGGUUUUUUCAACAAUUUUUAAACUGACUUCCUGCGCCGAUCCACCGGGUGGUUACUACCAAACGAAGUACGACGCCUUAGACGUCGAGGAGAUUUUAAAUAAUAAAAGAUUAGUGAUCCAUUACGUUAAUUGUUUAUUAGAUAGAGGAGCAUGUCCUCCGCAAGGAGCCGAUUUAAAACAAAUUCUACCAGAGGCUCUCGAAACAAAUUGCCUAAGAUGCACGGAGAAGCAAAAAGAAAUUAUAGUACGAACUGUUCGACGCCUACGGGCGGAAUACCCAAUUUUGUGGAGCGAAUUGGUCUCAGAGUACGAUCCCAACGGGGAAUACUUCGUACGAUUUGUAUUAACUUUGGAUCCAACGGUUCAAGUCGAGGACCAGUCUAACUUGUUGAGCAAUCGAUUUGGGGAUGAGAAUUUCCCGAGCGACUUAUUCCCAACAACGCGAAAGCCAACUUCACCACCAACUACAACGAAGAAAACCAGACGUACCUAUCAUCCGACAAGAUCACCCACCCCUCGUCCUACAAUGCCAAUAUCAAAGUCUACGCCUAGAACUACCGAACCGGCAUUGACGAGAACUGAAGAAGACGACCUACUAUCGAAUAUAUUUACAACAGCACCGCCACUGUUUAACAGAUUCGACUCUGAAACCACUACACCAACCCAGACAUCAGAUAAACCAUCAACGUACCCACCAAGUCGGGCGCCAGAGAUACCCACCACCGCUACCACAACCACUACCACUACCACCACCACGACAAAGCCGUCAACAACAACAACCCAACCUCCCCUUAUCUUCGGGUGGCGUCCGGUGGCAUACGGUCCUAGUCCACAAGCGCCAAGACCCCCCACCCCUUUGGUUCAGAGCAGUGUACAGCUUCUGUCAUCGUUAGGCCAAAUCGGCACGCGAGUGAUUGAGGCAGGAUCACAAGUUGCCGGAAUGGUACUAAACGCAUUUUUUCGUGCCAAACGUGUCAUCCAUUAUCAUUAAAUGUAGGUAUAGUCAACGGCACAUGUGAUAGCUGAGUGAACAGUAAAUUUGGGAAUUUUCAAGAGAUUUCCAAAUAGCUUUUAAAGUCGUAAUCGACACACUACCUGAUUUAUUUCAAUCGUUCUAGAUUUUAUGGAUAGUCUAACCUACUUAGACUAGUACUGCAUAACUAACAAAUAACACUGCAAGUGUUCCAUAUACAUAAAAUUAGUGCAUUCAGUCUGAAGUUCAAUGUAACAGUAAUCAGACUAGUAAGUGAAUGUAAAGUGGUUUUUGAUGGGAGUACCUAAAUUAAUUCAUCAACUAAGUAUAGGAUGGCUGACGUACUGAUUAUGUCUGUAUUUUAGUGAGAUUUUUAUAUUUUUAAUACUUUGAUAGUGAAUAUUCGUGUUAUGUUAGUAAAACUAAUAAAUUUUGCAAAGUUUU